AUGACAAAUUUUAUUAAACAAAUUGUUCACAAAAGUUUUAUUCUUUCUGCUGUUGUUUCACCGUCUUCAAGAAUCACCGCAACAAAAUUUAAUUCAUUUAAAAAAGUUGCCAUAAAGGAAUUUGGUGCUUUAACAACUUCUUCAACAUGUCGCAAUGCACAACCUCAUACUUUCAAUGUUUUAAAAGAUGUUAUGGAACAUGAUACUAGUUCACCUUCUUUCAUGAAAAUGCCAAUUCAAUUACCAAAUGGUGAACAAGGUUUAUUGGCAAAAGGUGAAUUAGGUGAAGCAGUUAAAGAUUUACCUUUAUAUGAUAUUAAAGAUAUCUCAGAUCAAAGACUUUUAUCAGCUUUGUUUAGAGAUUACACAUUUUUAGCAUCUGCCUAUUUACUUGAACCAUGUGAUAUCAUGUUUAGAGAGAAAAAAGAUUAUGGUCUUGGUCGUCAAAUUUUACCAAAAAAUAUUGCAGUUCCCUUGGUGGAAAUUUCCAAAAAAUUAAGUGCUUUUCCUUUCAUGGAAUAUGCUCUUUCUUAUAGUUUAUACAAUUAUCGACGCGUGGAUCCUUCAAAACCCAUUGUUUAUUCUAAUUUGAAUCUUAUUCGCGAAUUCUCGGGUAUUUUAUCGGAGAAAGGAUUCAUUCUUGUUCACGUGACAAUGGUGGCGAAUUCGCCAUCGUUGGUUCGGUGGACAAUGGAAACACUUGACUCAGUUGAAAAAAAUGAUCGUACUAGAUUCAAUAAUUCACUCAGUAAACUUAAUGAAACGAUGACUUUAAUAAAUACCGAAAUGAAAACAAUGUGGGAAAGAUCAAAUCCCGAUGAUUAUUUAAAAUUUCGUGAAUCGGGAGCAAAUGAUUCAAUGAUUCCAUGCAUGGAUAAUUUAUUACAAAUUACAUCUAAAUUGCCAAAAAAUCCACUCACAGAAGCAAAAUUUUUGGAUUUUGUUCAAAGACGUGCCGAAGAAGUUAAUGAUGCAAAUACUCUUUACCUAGCGAAUUUGGAUAAAAUCAUUGCAUUCCGUUAUCGUCAUUGGAAUUUUACCAAAGAAUAUAUAAUUAAAAAUACUACCCAUCCUGUUGCCACAGGUGGUUCACCCAUUGUCACAUGGCUUCCUAAUCAACUUUUAACUAUUCUUGAGCAAAUGUCUCAAAUUUAUAAAACGAUUGAUUAUUCUCAAUUAACACCUGAGAAUAAAAUUCUUAUCGAUGAACUUAUUGCUAAAGCUAAUAAUAAAAAACGUGUUUUGAAUGGUGACGUGAAAAUUUUGAAAGAGAAAUUUAGUCCAGAAAGUCAAAAACUGUAG